AACAAAAUGGACGAUUCGGAGCGAGUAAUAUUUAAAGAAACGUAUAAAAUUAAACUAUGAAUACAGUCUAAACGAAAACAACAUAACUUUUUCAUGUUUCUCUUUUACGAACUACUGAAGUGCUAUCAUUGCUUUGUAUAAUAAAAUCAGCGAUAUUAAUGACGUUGUACCGUGGACGCACUACCAGCGCUCAAAAUAUGUCCCAACCGUGUGGUGCUUAGUCACCGCGUAAGCACUGUCUCGCUCAGUCGUGUGCUAGACGUCGAGAACUCAAUAUGCCAAAGUGCGCCGUGAAAAGUUGCAAAAGCAACACAUUAACCACCAAAAAAAAGGAUGGGGUGUCUUAUUUUCGAUUCCCAAUAAAUGAAACGGAAAGAGAAAAAUGGCGGACCAUCAUAGCCACAGAGAGAGGAGAAGAAUCUUUUAAACCUAAUAAUUCAAGCGUUGUUUGUUCAAAUCAUUUUUUGGAAAAUGAUUUUUAUUUCACAAAAUGUGGCCGAAGAAAAGUAAAGAAAAAUAUUCUUCCACGAGUUGUGAAAACUGAGAGAGAAAAUGAAGAUGAAACGGAAAUGCGAACAGACGUCAAUGAUCUAAGUACGCCACCACCGACACCAUCAGGAGUAACUUUAACUAUCGACUCACUAAUAACAUCGGCCUGUCAAAAACUUAUCUAUAAAACUGAGAGAGAAAAUGAAGAUGAUAAUAAAACACGAACAGACGUAAAUGAUCGUAGGACACCACCACCAACAUCAUCAGGAGUAACUUUAAUGGUCGACUCUCCAAAAACAUCGGCUUGUCAAAAAUUUAUAUGUAAAACUGAGAGCGAAAAUGAAGAUGAAAACAAAAUGCGAACAGACGUAAAUAAUCGACGGACACCACCACCGACAUCAUCAGUUGUAACCAUAACUGUGGAGUCGCCAAAAACAUCAGCUUUUAAAAAAUCUCUGGAAACUUGUCAAAAAUUUAUCGAAUUAAAAAAUAGACAGAUUAUUAAUUUAAAGAAGAAAAACAAGAGGCUAAUGAAAAAAUGCCUGAACUUAAAAGGAAAGGUAACAGAUUUAAAGAAGGAACUUCGGGUACAUAAACCUUCGAAGAAAACACUGAAUACUACUGUGAACGAAUUUACUAUAAUACGAGAUAUAUUAACAGCAAAAAGAAAAGUCCCAUUUGGCACAUAUCCACCUGAUCUUCGAAAAUUUUCAUUGAACAUGUAUUCCCACUCACCAAAUGCCUACAAAUAUCUACGUGAAGUAUUCUCUGAAACUUUGCCACAUCCUAAUACAUUAAUGAGGUGGCAAAAGCCUAAAACUGUCCAAUGGCCUGACCCAAAUUUCGUUAUAGUAGAGAUUCCAGAGAUUAAUCACGAUUAAAAUUGUUUGUACAUACAUUUCAAUACAUUUGUUGGUAAAGUAUAGGCCUUAAACAACAGACAGUAUUAUUAGAAACGUCCCUACGCAAAUUUACUGCCGGCCUAUUCACUUUUUUUUUUAUAUUUACAGUGUUUAACUAAAGAAAAAGUUGCAUAUCCAUCGAUGCUUUUUAAAAUGAGUAUCUUAGUAAAAAUUUUAAAAUAAUGCAGAAGUGGAUUACUAGAUAGCUUGGUGAUUAUUACUUCCAUUUGUUAAAAGCAGUUAGCGAAAAGGCCUACUGAACUGUCGACAAAAUGUGAUGCGUGAGUCAUCAUUGCACGAACGUUUAUAAAACACCUUACCAUAAUGAAUGCCUCGUUCAAUAUGAAUGAAUAUGAAAACUUACAUAGUUAUAUAAUAAUUAUGAUAUCGUUUUAUAUUUACCCUUUAGAACGACAUACUCGUAAAUGUCUGUGCCGAACGAUAUCGGUAAUAAUGAUGAUUUUGUAAGAAUAUUGAAUUAAAUAAUAUACAAACUAUUAAUAGUAUUUUUUAUUUAUCACAUUUUAAGAUGACCCUCUCUAAGCCAAUGGUUGGGAAAUCGGAUUUAAAGUAUGGAUGGCAUUUCUGUGGAAAACGGAUAAGCCUAACCAAUCUAUACGUCUUUGUGACGUCAGUACGCCACCUAUAAAACUGUGUCGUGAUUAUGGCUUACUCUGUCUCAUACGUGUUUUAUUACCUUCAGCUACAAGUCAUUGUAAAUUAGGUUUAUUGAAACAUUCAUCGAAUAAUUCUCACAAAAUGUUUAUUUAGACAUCAAAAUAUUAUUAAUACACAUGGACAGUAUGCAACUCUAUUACU